AUGUCUACUCGAUCCUUAGUUUUCCGCCCGCACAAGCAAGAACCCGCUCAAUCUAUACAACCUACACAUGAUCCAGCUUUCAAUAGCGCAAUCAGGACAUAUGUUGUACAGGGAUACCAGACGCACCGCCUCGGCUCGAGACUUUGGGACUGCGCAACAUGUGGCCGAGAUGCCACAGAUAUCUACCGCUCGGCCAUAUCAUUCCUCCUUCCGUACACAUCAAGAACGGUGGACUUUCUUAUACCCGCUUGCAAGUCCUCCGGAUGUCACCAUCACGCCUCAAAAAUGGCACAUGAGUUCGGCAAGACCGCAAUGCCUGGAGAAGCCGUCGAGGAAUGCGUGAACUGCGGAGCAAGAUCUGGAGUUCACCUUUGCGGUAGCUGCACAUUCUCUCACUCUGCGUGGACCGGCACCAAGCGUAAAGCUCCUCCCCAGCAAAGACAGAAACCUCGCCACGGUACGCAGCAGGACGAAGUCAAGCAUUGA